GUCAUUUGCUCAGAUGUCUGCUGCUACUGAAGUAGUGUUAUUUAAUACCAUAACCGUAUCAACAAACGUGUCUCGGCUCUGCCGACAGAGGAAAUAUAAUUAUGAUGGCUAAUAUAGCGACAACUUUGUCCGGUGUGUUCACAAAGCCAAGAGCACUGGCUCUGCUUCAAUACACCACAGUUCGAUUUCGACGAAAACCACGUUGGCUCGGUACAGCCAAAAGCAAACUGUUCCGUGUGCCGGAGCGCAAGAAACAGAUUGAGGAAGAGAUUGAAGAGCUAAAAAGAUUGCACAAUAACUAUCGCACGCAGAUGAAAGCGGUACGAAACUUCUUGCGCGAUGAAGUAGAGGCAUACAAGCUAGUUUCACGUGCCGGUUUAGUUCUCCAAACCCCGGAGGAAGAGGAAGCAGAAUGGCAGGAAGCAUUGCGCAGGAACGAAGAAUGGAACCGGCAAACUGCUGCCAAACGCGAAGAGCGGUUGGCUGCAGAACGAUCAGCUCGUAAGGAGUACAUUCUUGAAAGGCUUUUGCUGAAAGAGCAAAGAGAAAUGGACAAAAAGGAGCAAAUCGAAGCGAAAGUACGCAUAGAAAAGGAGCUAUCGAAAACAUUUAUCACGCGUGACAACAUCGACAAAGCGAUCGAGCUAGCCCUGGUACAACCAACGUCGUAUAACUUUGCUUUGGAUCGCGAAGGAAACCUCCAUCGUUCUACAGACUCUUCUACAAAAGAAAAAGGUCAAGAGCACUAGGGUUGCCAUCUAGGAUCGUAUAUUUCAUGUAGCAUUCUUGAAUAAAUAUUCCCAGUCGGGGGAUGCGUUCAA